AUGAUAGCAUCUGAAGAGAAGAGUGUCGGCGUGACUACGGCGAUAGACCAGGGUCCGUCUGGUUCCCAGUUAGAAGAAACAUUACCCGGGUACCCCGAGUCCAUCAGCAGUGAGACUCCUCCCCCAAGCUACCAUUCGACGCAUAGAAAAUUAAAAUCCAGGCAUAUCCAACUGAUUGGCAUUGGUGGUACUAUUGGUACAGUCCUUUUUGUUCAACUUGGUUCUGCUUUGUCAAAAGGAGGUCCAGGUUCAUUAUUUUUGGCAUUCUUCAUUUGGUGUUUCCCCAUAUUAUGUAUCACGAACUCAACGGCCGAGAUGGUCACCUAUCUCCCCCUGCCAUCACCGUUCAUCAGACUGGCAGGUCGAUGCGUGGAUCCUGCAUUGGAGGUCAUGGCAGGAUGGAACUUUUUCAUUCUUGAAGCUACUUUAGUCCCUUUUGAAAUCACUGCUGUAAACAUCAUUAUCCAUUUCUGGGCCGAUGGGUUUAGUCCUGCUAUUCCUAUUGUAGUCCAGAUUUUUUUGUAUGUUCUCAUCAACUUCUUUGCAGUACGGUAUUAUGGAGAGUCUGAAUUCUGGCUUUCUUUCGGUAAAGUACUGCUGGCAGUAGGACUCAUCGUCUUUACUUUCGUCACCAUGGUUGGUGGAAAUCCAAAACAUGAUGCCUAUGGAUUCAGAUACUGGCAGAACCCCGGUGCAUUUGCCGAGUACCAAGAGACCGGGUCUCUAGGUCGGUUCCUAGGGUUCUUCACCUGUCUUGUUCAAGCCUGUUACACCAUUUCUGGUCCUGAAUACGUGUCUAUGGCAGCUGGAGAAGCAGAAAAUCCUCGGGGAGUCAUGCCUCGAGCAUAUAGAGGUGUGAUUGUACGACUUGUGUGUUUCUUUGUAUUUGGCGCCUUGUCAAUGGGAAUUGUAUGCCCAUACAACGACCCCGAGCUUCUGACUGCUAUCAACACUGGAGCUCCCGGUGCUGCUGCUUCUCCAUAUAUCAUUGCCAUGCAACGACUGGGUAUCCCUGUGCUUCCACACAUUGUCAAUGUACUUGUUCUGACGGCCAGUUUCUCUGCUGGUAACUCGUAUGUUUACUGUGCCUCGAGAUCACUCUACGGCAUGGCUCUUGACGGCCACGCACCCAAGAUCUUUAGCAAAUGUACCAAGAACGGAGUGCCCAUCUACGCCGUGACAGUAGUUCUCGCUUUUGGUCUUCUGUCGUUUCUGCAGCUGGGAAACACCGCUGAAACCGUGCUCAAUUGGAUUGUAAACAUAUCAACUGCAUCGGAACUCAUCAACUUCGCCAUCAUGUCGCUCACGUAUCUUCGUUUUUACUACGCCAUGAAAGCGCAAAACAUGUCGCGAGACAACCUGCCAUACAAGGGACCAUUCCAACCAUACUGUGGAUACAUCGGGCUCAUUUGUGCCGGAGUCAUGACCUUCCUGUCGGGCUACUCAGUAUUCGUCCACGGCUACUGGAGUCUCAGCACCUUCAUCUGCUCGUACAUCAUGAUCGCAGUCGACCUCGUCAUCUACGUGUCCUGGAAGUUGGUCAAACGCACCAAAAUCCGCUCAGCAACCGAGAUCGAUCUGCUCUCCGACGUAAAAGAGAUCGAGGACUACACCUCGAGCUUCGUCGACGAGCCGCCAAAAACCCUCCUCGGCCGCAUAUCCCGCGCUCUCAUCGGCUAA